AAUUUUGAAAAAAAAGUUAUAAGCUAUUCACCUAGACUUAUUGUGGAAAAGGCAGGACCAACAAUGUCUAUUCCUAAAAAUAUUAACGAAAUACCACGUACGAGUUUUAUACCUAAAAAAAAGGUAAAUAAAAGUAAUAUUAAGAAUGUUUCUUUUGUUUUGUGGACGCAAAUUAAAAAAUCAAAAACACACGAUAGAUUUCGUAAAACUGGGGUCCAUAUCCAACAAACACGA